CCCUGAGCGGCGCUGGAGCCGGAGCCGGUCCCCGUGUCCUGAGGCUGAGGAGCCCCUCCGUUGUCCACGGCCCCCACCUGCGGGGGCAGAGGCUGGGUCCCGCGGCGGAGUUCCGGGGAUGUGACUGCCUGGCGGCGGCGGCGGCCGUAACAACGUCCGGAGCCGGGGGAGGGGGUGUCUCGGGCAGAGACCCCUGGGCUCGGAGCAGCUGAGGCGGCCGGGCCUCCUCCUCCCCCCCCACCCCCCCGCCCGCCUUCCGCCUUCGGGGCCGCGAGCGUCCCCUGUCCGGUCCAGCCCUGCCCUGACACUGGGGGUGGUCUCUGUUUCCCCCAGACCUGGGACACCCCCGUUUCCUGAGGCGUGGAGGAGCGACGCCCCCGAGUAAGCCGCCCGUGCCCCGCCCCGGCAGCCUCCCCUCUACCCCGGAGCCGCCCCUGGCUCCCACUCCUGGCCCCGAGUGUGGCCUUGGAGCCCCCCAUUCAUAUCCUCUCCCUGCUGUCAAGUGGCCUCCCCUUCCUCCCCCCAGGUUGCUCCCGGGAGCCUCCGAUGCCUUGACUUCUUCCAAUGUCACCUACGGUCCCUUUAGUCUCAGCCCAAACAAAAACUUUAAUGCAGAGGAAAAGCCUGGACUGGUUUCACAGGCCUUUUAAAAAGCGGACUUAAAAGUUGCUGGCAAUGCAUUCCUUCUCAUCAGAGGCGAGGGCAAGCCCUCGCUGAAGUCUGGGUGACCCGCGCGUCCUUUUCCGGAGCGCAGGGUAGAUAGAGACGCGGGAGCGACAGCUAGUUUGGCAGGAACUUUGUCGGAAGACGAAGAAACCAAGAUGGGGGGGGGGGGGUGACUUCCACAGGAAAAGCUCAGGAGAAGCGUCCAGAGAUGAUCAACAUUUCCUUUAUGUGUGGGAAUCGAGAUGACUUUAGCGUUCCCUCUGCCAGCAUCCCUGUGAAUAUUCGUUUUUCUUCUUGAAAGGGAAGAAACUUACAAAGCCAGUAAAAGACACUUAAACUCAAGAAACUUUUGGGCGGCACUGCAAUUGCAUGACUUCGGAUUGAUUCGGAACUCCUGUUUACAUGUGUUCGCUAAAAGCUGUGCUGCCUUGGGUCACGGAAGAUUUCUUUUCGUGAUUGACCUCAAUUACUGACUCGCGGAGAUUCGGUGAAUGUGAAAACCCACACGUAUACUGUUUUCUUUCCCAAGCCCACUGACCAUUCUGGAAGAUCUUGAACCCUCUUCUGGAAAGGGGUGCCUCGCAUUACUUUAUGGGGCAGCAGCCUGGAAAAGUUCUUGGGGACCAGAGAAGGCCGAGUUUGCCUGCCCUGCACUUUAUCAAAGGAGCAGGGAAGAAGGAGUCAUCGAGGCACGGGGGUCCACACUGCAAUGUUUUUGUGGAGCAUGAAGCCCUUCAGAGGCCAGUAGCAUCUGACUUUGAGCCCCAGGGUCUGAGCGAAGCAGCUCGUUGGAACUCCAAGGAAAACCUUCUCGCUGGUCCCAGUGAAAAUGACCCCAACCUUUUUGUUGCGCUGUAUGAUUUUGUGGCCAGUGGGGACAAUACCCUAAGCAUCACUAAAGGUGAAAAGCUCCGGGUUUUAGGCUACAAUCACAACGGGGAGUGGUGUGAAGCCCAGACCAAAAAUGGCCAGGGCUGGGUGCCCAGCAACUACAUCACGCCGGUCAACAGCCUGGAGAAGCACUCCUGGUACCACGGGCCCGUGUCCCGCAAUGCCGCCGAGUACCUGCUGAGCAGCGGGAUCAACGGCAGCUUCUUGGUGCGGGAGAGCGAGAGCAGCCCCGGCCAGAGGUCCAUCUCGCUGCGAUACGAGGGGAGGGUGUAUCACUACCGGAUCAACACUGCUUCCGAUGGCAAGCUCUACGUCUCCUCGGAGAGUCGCUUCAACACUUUAGCGGAGCUGGUUCACCAUCACUCGACUGUGGCGGACGGGCUCAUCACCACUCUCCAUUACCCGGCCCCCAAGCGCAACAAGCCCACGGUCUACGGCGUGUCCCCCAACUACGACAAGUGGGAGAUGGAGCGCACGGACAUCACCAUGAAGCACAAGCUGGGAGGAGGCCAGUACGGGGAGGUGUACGAGGGCGUCUGGAAGAAGUAUAGCCUCACGGUGGCCGUGAAGACCUUGAAGGAGGACACCAUGGAGGUGGAGGAGUUCUUGAAGGAAGCUGCAGUGAUGAAGGAGAUCAAGCACCCUAACCUCGUGCAGUUGCUCGGGGUGUGCACCCGGGAGCCCCCGUUCUAUAUAAUCACUGAGUUCAUGACCUAUGGGAACCUGUUGGAUUACCUGAGGGAAUGUAACCGGCAGGAGGUGAACGCUGUGGUGCUGCUGUACAUGGCCACGCAGAUCUCGUCAGCCAUGGAGUACCUGGAGAAGAAAAACUUCAUCCACAGAGACCUCGCUGCCCGGAACUGCCUAGUAGGGGAGAACCACUUGGUGAAGGUGGCUGAUUUCGGCCUGAGCAGGUUAAUGACGGGGGACACGUACACAGCCCACGCCGGGGCCAAGUUCCCCAUCAAGUGGACGGCGCCGGAGAGCCUGGCCUACAACAAGUUCUCCAUCAAGUCUGACGUCUGGGCUUUUGGAGUAUUGCUUUGGGAAAUCGCUACCUACGGCAUGUCCCCUUACCCAGGAAUCGACCUGUCCCAGGUGUACGAGCUGCUAGAGAAAGACUAUCGCAUGGAGCGCCCGGAAGGCUGCCCAGAGAAGGUCUACGAACUCAUGCGAGCGUGUUGGCAGUGGACGCCCUCCGACCGGCCCUCCUUUGCUGAAAUCCACCAGGCCUUUGAGACCAUGUUCCAAGAGUCCAGCAUCUCGGAUGAGGUGGAAAAGGAGCUGGGGAAGAAAGGCGUGCGAGGGGCCGCAGGGACUUUGCUGCAGGCCCCAGAGCUGCCCACCAAGACGAGGACGUCCAGGAGAGCCGCGGAGCACAGAGAGCCCGCCGACGCGGCCGAGGCGCCCCACUCCAGGGGCCCGGGAGAGACCGAUCCUCUGGACCACGAGCCGCCUGUGUCCCCGCUGCUCCCUCGGAAAGAACGGGGUCCCCAGGACGGCGGCCUGAACGAGGACGAACGCCUUCUCCCCAAAGACAAGAAGACCAACUUGUUCAGUGCCUUGAUCAAGAAGAAGAAGAAAACGGCCCCGACGCCCCCGAAACGCAGCAGCUCCUUCCGGGAGAUGGACGGCCAGCCCGAGCGCAAGGGGCCCGGCGAGGACGAGGGCCGAGAAAGCAGCAACGGGGCGCCGGCGCUCGCACCCUCGGACGCAGCCGAGCCAGCCAAGGCCCCGAAGCCCGGCGGCGGGGCCGGCAUCCCCAACGGAGCCUUCCGGGAGUCGGGGGGCGCGGGCUUCCGGUCUCCCCACCUGUGGAAAAAGUCCAGCACACUGACCAGCAGCCGCCUGGCCGCCGGCGAGGAGGAGGGCGGCUGCGGCUCCGGCAAGCGCUUCCUGAGGUCCUGCUCUGCCUCCUGCGUCCCCCACGGGGCCAGGGACACGGAGUGGAGGUCCGUCACGCUGCCUCGGGACCUGCAGUCCACGGGCAGGCAGUUCGACGCGUCCACGUUCGGGGGCCGCAAGAGCGAGAAGCCGGCCCUGCCUCGGAAGCGGGCCGGCGAGAGCAGGUCCGACCAGGCGGCCAGAGGCGCGGUGACGCCCCCACCCCGGCUGCCAAAGAAGCCCGAGGAGGCAGCUGACGAGGUCUUCCGAGACACGGGCGAGUCCAGCCCGGGCUCCAGCCCCCCGAGCCUGACCCCAAAACUCCUCCGCCGGCAGGGCACGGGGGCUCCUCCCGCCGGCCUUCCCCACAGGGACGAGGCUGCCAAGUCCAGUGCCUUGGGGACACCUGCCGCCGCCGAGCCAGUGCCCCCCGCCGGCAGAGCCGGGCCGGCUGCGGCCGGAGGGACCGCCAGAGCGCCCGCCGAGGAGCCCAGGGCGCGGAGGCACAAGCCUUCCUCCGAGUCCCCGGGGAGAGACAAGGCGAAACUGGCCAAGCUCAAACCUGCCCCGCCGCCCCCGCCGCCGGCCUCCGUGGGGAAAGCCGGGAAGCCCGCGCACAGCCCGACCCAGGAAGCGGCCAGUGAGGCCGGCGCCGGCGGGAAGGCCAAGGCCGCGGCUGUGGUCGCGGAUGCCGUGAACAGUGACGCUGUUAAGGCCGGCCCGCUGGGAGAGGGCAUCAAAAAGCCCGGGCUCCCGUCCGUGCCAAAGCCACAGUCGUCCGGCAAGCCCGCGGGGGCGCCGGCCGGCGCGGCUCCCGCCCCCGCCCCCUCCACGGUGCCGUCCGCGUCCUCCGCGCUGGCCGGGGACCCGCCAGCCUCCACGCCCUUCAUCCCUCUCAUAUCGACGCGCGUGUCUCUCCGGAAAACGCGGCAGCCUCCGGAGCGGAUCGCCAGCGGCACCAUCACCAAGGGCGUGGUCCUGGACGGCACCGAGGCCCUGUGCCUGGCCAUCUCCAGGAACUCCGAGCAGAUGGCCAGCCACAGCGCCGUGCUGGAAGCCGGCAAAAACCUGUACACGUUCUGCGUGAGCUAUGUGGAUUCCAUCCAGCAAAUGAGGAACAAAUUCGCCUUCCGCGAGGCCAUCAACAAACUAGAGAACAACCUCCGCGAGCUGCAGAUCUGCCCGGCGUCAGCGUGGAGCGGCCCGGCCGCCACGCAGGACUUCAGCAAACUCCUCAGCUCCGUGAAGGAGAUCAGCGACAUCGUGCAGAGGUAGCAGGAGCCGGCCGCCAGGCCAGCCGGAGCCGCCCACGGCGUGUCAAGCCCACCCCCCCCAGCCUGCCCCCCGCCUGCGUCGGACCCCGGACCAGGGAGUUGGGCCCUUGGCCCGGGAGCACCCCGCCACGCCGCGCGGAGCCGAGGGCCGCCGCGGACCGCAGCCCACUACCUAUGUGUUUGCAGCUGUCCCUCACCGCCCCCCGCCCUCAGCCCCGGGCUCCCCGAGGCGCCUCUGUCCCGAGUUCUAUCUGUGGAGUCCCUGCUCGUUGGACUGCUCUCGGCCCGCCAGCCUCUUCCCCACAAUGGGCUCCAGGACUGAGCCCUUCCAGCCACGUUUCCUCUUCGCUGGUCUUUUCUGGAGGCCCUCCCCCGGGUACGCCUUCUCCUCCCCCGAGAACAAGCGCCCAGAACAGGAGCCUGGUCACCAAGGCCCUGGGAGCUGUCGGCCGCGCUCCCCCCGCGGAGGGGACCUGCACGCUCCUCCUACGGUGCUCGCCCCGCCCCCGCACCGAAGACCCUUUUCCAGAACUCCAUCCUGGGAGGCGCUUGCCAGCUGGGCGCUCUGCCCUCCCUGGCCCUCACGUGAAGGACAGCUCUCGUUUUGGGGGCUGAACCGGGGUGCUGAAGCCAACCGGCCCUUGGGUGCUUGCUGUCUGGUGGCCGGUGGUGCCCGUCCUGGAGGAAAAGCUUGAGUCCUAAGGGUAGCAGGGUCAGGGGAGGGAGGGGGGGUGGCUGGGGGAGCCCCAGACAGCCCCGGGGCUGGGCCCAGCCUGCCUUCGUUUCGGGCUUCCAGGUGCCCGGAAAAGGCACUCGGUCUUUAUUUCUGACCGAUCUCACCCUCCCUCCCCUGUGCUCGUCUGAGACCAGGGAGGUUCGUGCAGAGCUCUUUCCUGUGUGACAACAGGCUUUAGUUUUCUGGAGCAUUUCACAGCUCUGAGCUCAGCGCAGUCGCCUCCGGCACACGAGGACCGGCCCCCAGUGCACGGGAGGAGAGGGGACUGUGGUGCCAGCGCCCCACCCGUUGCUGGCUGUGCACUGCGAGGCAAGUGUCCUUUUGAAUCACCGUGAGCAGCACUUAGCCCACCGUUUCUGUGGGGGCAUCAGGGAUGGAGAAAACCACAACCGGAUGAAGCCCCAGAGACUCUCCAGGCUGCCCAGGCCGCCUUGACCUUGACCUAGAGCCGCUGCUCAAGGAGGGGGCAGGCACCUGCCUGGGCCUCCUGCCGGGCCCUGGCGGGACCUCCUUCCACACGCCCUGGUGACGGUGACCUUGCACGGGGCCCAUUUUUAUGCUCGUCGCCCAAACUUGUAUUUUAUUUCUCUGGUAGAGAUGGCUUCCAACGGAUCCACUUAACGCCGUCCUCGACAGCUGGGCAUCUCUUUGCCCCCUCCCCCCCUCCAGACAUCUGUGUCACACAGACUUGGAGGGAGGGGCUAGAACACCACCAGCGGCCUUGCAGACAAAGCAGAACCGACCCCACCCAGGUCCCCUCGAGUUCCCGCCUCCGAGGUACUGGUUUCUCUUUGUUCACGCGACAUGCCACUGUAUCUCGCAUUUAUACCUUCGUAUUACACUCUUUUAUAGACUUGCUCUUUUAUAAAAGACGUGUAAAUAGUUUUCCACUACUCUUCCUUCUCCAAUGCUUAUGGUGUCUUUUUUUUUUUUUUUUUUUGAUCCAGUACAUUCUCUGUAUAUGACUCUGUUUUUUGAAGUCACAUCUCCCCGUAGUAUUUUUUAAAUAAAUGUUUACAGCAUUAGAACUCGG